UCUGUACGCUAUAGAGGUUUAUAGUGCAUGGUUCAUAGUGACUUCCUGUGCUUCAUUUCUCUCAUUUUAUGAGAAUUUUUUAUAGUAUGUAUUUUAAGCCAAUCUGACUGCGCGCAUUUUUGUCAUACAUAUGUGCAUUCGUUUAUCCUCGAAUGUAAGUAUUUUCUUUAAAAUGACAAUUCAUUUUUAAAGUUAACAGACAGGCGCAUCCUGGUUGUUCUGCAAGCCAAGCCUCACACAAGGCCGCUUCACCUGGCGACUCAUCCAAGUCCCUUCGAGCUUCUCUGGAGACCAGACAGACCUCCGUCAGCGCCGUUCCUCCUCCAUCAUCCUAUCCCACAAAGGCAAUAGUGUUCGACUGUGCAGCUGCAAAGCAGAGCAAAACGCCUGUGUCACAUUAGCCUGUUAGGUGGGGGCACGAGGCUAUCGGUGGACUUGAAAGGCAGGCUGUGCUCAAACAUCAGGCCAGAUCUUGUCCUUUGGCCUCACUCUGCACAGUGCACAAAAAAGAGCUGUCUACCCUAUCGGAUGCUCUGGAGGAGUCCACAAAAGCCUCAAGUAUGCUGAGCUGGCAGCAGAUGUGGAGCCACUGGAAAUCUUGAGGUCACCUGAAGGGGAUUUGUGGGGAGAGUGAACCACCAAACUGCUGAAAGACAUCAGAGUUUGAGGUCAGGCCCAGUGGUAACCCUAAUGGAGCUGUAAGGCUGUAGAUGCCUUCAGUUGGCGCAUAAUCCCACCUCAUGGCAUCUCCAGUAUAGAUAUGCUUCUCACUGGUUUAGAAGAUCUGGUUUAGAUCUUUGACCAGAUCUUAAACUGAAUAAUAACGAUUCAGUCAAUACAUUCUUCUUUUACUCCUGUUGUUCUUGUGGUCUUGUAGAAAACUGAAUAUAGGAAAGUAGUGUGGUUCUACAUCCUUCCAAACUGGGCUUGCACACUUAAGGAGACUAAACAUCAAAGGGACCCUAAAGAGCAGUGCUGAUAUAUCAGGAAAUUUCUUCACAUAGAAGUCUUCACUUUGUUAUCACAAACGAAUUAAUGUUAUCCUACAAAGUGGAGAGCAGUCAAGUUAUAUUUAAGAUCAGUUUCUGUUAUAAAGCUCUAUCAACAGAAAUAGACUAAGGUAUGAAAACUGCAGUUAUGGAUAAAGAGCAUGAAAAGCUAUUUUUUUAAAGCGUGUAGUGGAACAAUGCAUCAUCUUCUGAAAUAUGCCAUCAGGCCAAAUUCAGAUUUACAUUUUAUUCAAAUUAAAUACUAUAAGCAUGUUUUAGGCUGUUAAUAGAAAGUGCUAAGUACAAGGUAGAACUUGAAGUACUUCCACUUUACUUGUCAAUGUGUGAAUGAGUAAAGGCUGAACUAACUAAUUUCAUGCGUAAAUUAUGAAACACUGGGGUUCGUUGGUCCAUUUUCUCAUUGCAUUAUUUGCUUUAUCCAGCCAAGCGUGUCAGUAAAAACACAUUUGAAUACAAUCCGUGCAGCAGCUGUGUCUUCACGACAGACCGAGGCAGAGUCUAUGGAGGCAGAGCCGAGGAAAUAGGCGCAGUGUGCAGGCGGCGUCCCGGGCGUUUUUUUCAUUGUUAUCUAACAGGAUCAGGGCGCAGCUUCAAAGCUUCGCAGGUAAAGAGCCUCAAAGGGCUGAAUGGACUCCUGCCUCCACAGCGACAGAUCGCCGAUAAAGGAAACAACUAGGUCCAGCCUCUUAUCUGCUUUGUAACGUAACUAAACGAUCAGUUCAGUGGAAUUGCUGAGCAGCUGCAUGCAGAGACAUCUCAGAGGAGGGCCAGCCCCACACGUUAUAUAGGCUGUCUCUCGAAGAAGCUGUCUCCCGGACUGAUUUGUCACCUAAAAGAAUUGAUGUCAUGCUGUCAGUCUUCAGUUUCCAGAAAACAGAAGACAGAUACAGUAACUGACAACUGAAAUAGUUUCCUACAGAACGUGGCUUCCAUUUGACUCAAAUCCCUUUUUAGAUCAUAAUUUAUAUCGAGUAUAAUAUCAAACCAGCAGCUUUUGGUUUAUCAGUCACUUACUGUAAAGUAUUUUCCAUUGGAGUGUUUGCUCUCAGGAGCUCUCCCCGGCUUCCUCGCAGCUUGUUUUAGCAUAUUUGCAUGUGAACGGGCCGACAGUCAGGCGUAAUUGUGUUGCUACUGUAAUACCUUUGAUCUCUAAUGUUUGAAGCGCCUGUGCCAAAUGCUGGUUCUUGGGUAACUGGCGCCAGCGCACACCGGGGUAUCAAGGACAUGUCAGUACGAAACCACUGGAGGAUUACUACUGUCUCCCGUCAGAUUGAACGGGUUGAGAGAAAACAUAUGUCACGUUAAAGUGCAAUAAAAGUGAUCGCCGUGAUAUAUUCGUGUCUCUAAAGUUGAAUUUUACGCACGGCAGGAUGAUUCCAUAAACUAUUCUUUCUUUUAAUUCGCCCACUGAUAUAUGUCUCUAUACAUCUUGCCUAUCUACGGUGGAACCAGGGAUAACUAAAACCAAAUCUGUGUGGAGAAAUUAAGGAAAUUUACAUGUUUUAUAUUUAUUUUUGAGCUGGUUUCUACUUUAAGAGCUGAUCGCAGGUGCUUAUGUUGUGUUAUAACAGAACACGUAACAUAACACGUAACAUAAUUGUCUGCAUAAUUAGUACCUUAUACAGACACUUAUAUUUCGAUAUAUUCCUGCAUAUAUUAAGCAUUAAUUCUUUGGUUUUUGGUGAAUGCCUCUUUUCCUCCACUGUAUGCAAGCGGCAGCAAUAUGGAAGUUAAAUGGUCACCGCCUCUGCAGGAGAUACAGCUGUUUCAGGGUCCCCCAGUUUCACUAGGGGCGGACAAAUGUAUGAGCUCAGGAGGGUUCUCACAGACUCGGCGGCGCCAGGUCUUCACACACUCACAGGAUAUGUAAAGACUUCAAUAACGAGCCAUUAUCCCCUAAUCAUCGGGAUCGAUCAGGCGUUAACAAGGGUCUCUACAUAUGCAAAUUGGCAGCGAGGGCCAGGGGCUUAUAAAAGCCGAGGCCCUGUGCUGGAGCCGCUACAGCACACUCGUUCUGACAUUUGGUGGAUUAACAGGUCACUGAGCAGCACUGCCAACAUGGUGAAAUACUUUUCUGUGGACUGGCUGGCCCAGAGCCAUCACAGUGCAGAGGAACACGGAGCCGACGUGGAUACUGCGCCAACCUGCAGACCUCACAUUCCCUGCAUGGUGCAACCGAGACCGCCGACUUUUGGCAAAGGUUACCUGCAGCCAAAACCCAAACCAUCAAAGCCUGUUGAACACACGGAGCCAAUGGAGAGCGGCGGGCAUUACCAGGACUCCAACCAGUGUUCGCCUCUGCGUUCGUCAAGCUGCGCAUCACCAAUUUCAGAAAUCAGCGGGUACUCCUCCGGCUACGAGAGCGAAGCCGCUUCCUCCGAGUGUCUCUCUGUGAACGAGGGCAGCGAGGUGGAGAAAGACGGGCCACAGCGUCGUGUGCGCACAAAGUUCUCCCCCGAGCAGAUCAGCAAACUGGAAAAGAUAUUCAACAAGCACAAGUACCUGGAAGUCGGCGAGAGAGUGAAGACAGCGCAGAAGCUGAACCUCACAGAAACCCAGGUGAGAACAUGGUUUCAGAACCGAAGGAUGAAACUGAAGCGGGAGGUGCAGAACUACUUCGCCCCCCACGUCCAGCCGGUCCCGUUCCAGCCUUUGGCUCCCGUUCAGUAUCACGGUGUGGCCGGACAGCGACCCCAGUACGCAGGGAGCGCACCGACCUUUUACCAGCUCCCCGUCCCGCAGCUGGUCCUCCAGCAGCAGAUGCCUCCUCACCACCCGCCUCAUCUCAUGAUCCACCACCCACACUUUUACUGAAGAACUGUCACUCAAACGAACUCACCUACUGAAACACUUAGACGUCGAGAAUGUGCAAUAAUCCAGAGCUGUUUUUAUUUGAUGUGUGAUGUUUAUUAUAUUUUAUAUAAAAGCUGUAAAGAAUAGUCUAUUUAUCACAGAAUAAAGUUUAUCCUCUGCA